UGACUUUCGAAGUUGAUAGAGACGGCAGGUAAAGAGCGUUACUGGUCCAGAGCACCUGCAGCAUUGGAAGGAACAACACCCUACAGCGGAGGAGAACUUAGUGCUGUGACUGCAGCAGGAUUUAUGUUGGAAGAGAAGCGACUGAGAUGAUAAAAUGAAUUUCAGCAUGGACACUGGCACGGCAGUUGUUCUGCCAAGGAGUGAAGGGGCUCUCUCUGAUGAUCUUACCCUUACUGACUCACCUGGCGGAGGUGUUAUAAUUGGGGACAUACAGCAAGACUCACCAGUUGCAAGAAUUGGUACCCUGAAGAAAGGUGAUCAACUGAGUGCAGUAACAAUACAUUUUGACAACCUAAACAGUGAAGAGGUUGGCAAAAUACUGAAAUAUACUGAACCAUACAAAACAAGUCUAAAACUGAAUGCAAAAGGUGAAGUCAGAAGUCCAGAUUAUGGAUUAACAAGUUCUUACAUGGGAAGUGGUGAUCAAACAUAUUUAAAGUUGUACAACAGCAAGAUCAAGCCCCAUCUUAAGCUAGCAAACACAGGUACUGGUGUUAGUGGCCCAGGUAUCAAUGGAAAAACACCUUCAAUUGACAUAAGUGGACCCAAGAAUUUUUCUCCUAACUUUGAUGUGAACCUAAAGGCUUCACCAACUAUUGAUGUGGAAACCCCUAGCUUUGAUAUCAAUGGUCCACACGGUAAAAUACAACUGACUGAUGUUAAACCUUCGAAGAUUGGAGCAGGAUCGAUAACCUCAGAUUUUGAUAUUAAAUCGCCAAAAGGGGCCAUUAAGACGCCAAAUAUGGAAUUCAAAGGUCCAAGUUUUGAAAUGCCAUCAUCAAAUUUGAAGACUGACGUAGAUGAACCUGGGAUUGAGGUUAAAUCUCCAAGAGGGGGUUUUGAUGUCAAUAUGGCAAAUGCAAAGCUACAAGGACCAAAGUUUGAAACUCCCUCAGCCAAUUUCAAUGGACCAAAUAUCUCAGCACUUGAUAUGGAUCAAAACCUGAAAGCACCAAAAGUCAAAGAUGUUGACCUCAGUUUAUCAACACCAAAUAUAGAUCUUGAAGCUCCAAAUAUCGAAACUGAUGACUUUGGUGCAGCAGGUAAAAUAAGGUUCCCAAAAUUUAAGAAACCCACAUUUUCACUCUCUGGAAAUAAACCAAAGGGGCCUGAAGUGGAUGUGUCUACACCAGAGAUGAAGGCAGGUUUAAAGACUCCUGAUGUGGACCUCAAAGGUGAAGUGGAUCUUCCUGAAGCAAAGGGGAAAUGGAAAAUGCCGAGCUUGCAAAUGCCCUCCUUUGGAUUAUCUGGACCUAAAGGACCAGAUGUGGAUUUUGAUGGUUCAGUAAAAGCACCCAGUGUUGACGUGUCAGGUCCAGAUCUUAAGGGAAAUUUUGAAACUCCAGAUAUUGACAUGAAACUUCCAAAAGGGGAAAUAGAUGCAAACUUGCCAGAUGCAGAACUUACAGGAGGAAAGUUUAAAUUACCCGGAGUAAAGUGGCCAAGCAGUAAAGUGUCAUUGUCAGGCCCUGAUAAAGGACUGAACCUACCAAAAGGUCAGAUAGAUCUUUCUGCUCCUGACAUUCAGGGGGAUAUCAGAGGUCCCAGCUUUGAUGGCAAAGGCCCAAAUAUUGACAUUAAUGCUCCAAAAGUUGAUGUGCCAGAUGCAAAGGCAAAGUUCAAAUUGCCAAGCUUUCAUAUGCCUUCAUUUGGUUUUUCUGGACCCAAAGCUCCAGAUCUGGAUGUUGAUGGUUCCCUGAAAGGCCCUAGUAUGGAUGUGUCAGGUCCAAAUAUUAAAGGGAAUUUUGAAACUCCAGAUAUUGAUUUAAAUCUUCCAAAAGGAGACGUUGAUAUCAACAUCCCCAAUGCAGAAAUUCAGAAACCGACAUUUAAAAUGCCAAAGUUUAAAAAGCCAAGUGCAAAUCUGUCAGCUCCAGACACCAGCCUUAAUUUAAAAGCACCAAAAGUGACAGGCGAUUUAGAUGCAAAACUGAAGAAACCCAAUUUAGAAAUGUCAGGAAUUGAAGGACCUGAUGUGAAUUUAGGCGGUAAUCUUAACAUUCCUGAUGUAGAUAUUUCAGCUCCAGACCUUAAAGCAGGAAUUGCAUCUGCUGGUAUAGGUUUUAAUAAGCCCAAAAUUGACGCAGAUUAUGAUAUGCCUGACAUGAAUCUUGAAGUUCCUGAGGUAAAACUGAAAGGCCCAGGCCUAAAGAAACCUUCACUCAACAUGUCUGGAGCAAAUGUUUCAGUUCCAGAAAUAGACCUAAACUUAUCAAAACCAAAGUUAGAUUUCUCUGCUCCAAAAGUGCAAGGAGAUUUCAAAGGUCCAAACAUUGACAUAAAUGCUCCAAAUGUAGAUGGCUUUGGUACAGAAGGAAAAUUUAAGUUCCCAAAAUUUAAGAAACCCACAUUUUCACUCUCUGGAAAUAAACCAAAGGGGCCCGAACUGGACGUGUCUACACCGGAGGUGAAGGCAGAUUUAAAGACUCCUGAUGUGGACCUCAAAGGUGAAGUGGAUCUUCCUGAAGCAAAGGGGAAAUGGAAAAUGCCGAGCUUGCAAAUGCCCUCCUUUGGAUUAUCUGGACCCAAAGGACCAGAUGUGGAUUUUGAUGGUUCAGUAAAAGCACCCAAUGUUGAUGUGUCAGGUCCAGAUCUUAAGGGAAAUUUUGAAACUCCCGAAGUCGACUUGAAGCUUCCAAGAGGGGAAAUAGAUGCAAACUUGCCAGAUGCAGAACUUACAGGAGGAAAGUUUAAAUUGCCCAGAGUAAAGUGGCCAAGCAGUAAACAGUCAUUGUCGGGCCCUGAUAAAGGACUGAACCUACCAAAAGGUCAGAUAGAUCUUUCUGGUCCUGACGUUCAGGGGGAUAUCAGUGGUCCCAGCUUUGAUGGCAAAGGCCCAAAUAUUGACAUUAAUGCUCCAAAAGUUGAUGUGCCUGAUGCAAAGGCAAAGUUCAAAAUGCCAAGCUUUCAUAUGCCUUCAUUUGGUUUUUCUGGACCCAAAGCUCCAGAUCUGGAUGUUGAUGGCCCUAGUAUGGAUGUGUCAGGUCCAAAUAUUAAAGGGAAUUUUGAAACUCCAGAUGUUGACUUAAAUCUUCCAAAAGGAGACGUUGAUAUCAACAUCCCCAAUGCAGAAAUUCAGAAACCGACAUUCAAAAUGCCAAAGUUUAAAAAGCCAAAAGCUCCAGACAUCAGCCUUAAUUUAAAAGCACCAAAAGUGACAGGCGAUUUGGAUGCAGAACUGAAGAAACCCAAUUUAGAAAUGUCAGGAAUUGAAGGGCCUGAUGUGAAUUUAGGCGGUAAUCUUAACAUUCCUGAUGUAGAUAUUUCAGCUCCAGACCUUAAAGCAGGAAUUGCAUCUGCUGGUAUAGGUUUUAAUAAGCCCAAAACUGGUGCAGAUUAUGAUAUGCCUGACAUGAAUCUUGAAGUUCCUGAGGUAAAACUGAAAGGCCCAGGCCUAAAGAAACCUUCACUCAACAUGUCUGGAGCAAAUGUUUCAGUUCCAGAAAUAGACCUAAACUUAUCAAAACCAAAGUUUGAUCUCUCUGCUCCAAAAGUGCAAGGAGAUUUCAAAGGUCCAAACAUUGACAUAAAUGCUCCAAACGUAGAUGGCUUUGGUACAGAAGGAAAAUUCAAGUUCCCAAAAUUUAAGAAACCCACAUUUUCACUCUCUGGAAAUAAACCAAAGGGGCCCGAGCUGGACGUGUCUACACCGGAGGUGAAGGCAGAUUUAAAGACUCCUGAUGUGGACCUCAAAGGUGAAGUGGAUCUUCCUGAAGCAAAGGGGAAAUGGAAAAUGCCGAGCUUGCAAAUGCCCUCCUUUGGAUUACCUGGACCCAAAGGACCAGAUGUGGAUUUUGAUGGUUCAGUAAAAGCACCCAAUGUUGAUGUAUCAGGUCCAGAUCUUAAGGGAAAUUUUGAAACUCCCGAAGUAGACUUGAAGCUUCCAAGAGGGGAAAUAGAUGCAAACUUGCCAGAUGCAGAAUUUACAGGAGGAAAGUUUAAAUUACCCGGAAUAAAGUGGCCAAGCAGUAAACCAUCAUUGUCAGGUCCUGAUAAAGGACUGAACCUACCAAAAGGUCAGAUAGAUCUUUCUGCUCCUGACAUUCAGGGGGAUAUCAGAGGUCCCAGCCUUGAUCUCAAAGGCCCAAAUAUUGAGGUUGAUGCUCCAAAUGUUGAUGUGCCGGAUGCAAAGGCAAAGUUCAAAAUGCCAAGCUUAAAGCUUCCUUCAUUUGGUUUUUCUCGACCCAAGGGACCAGACGUGGACUUUGAUGGUUCUGUAAAAGCACCCAGCGUUGAUGUGUCAGGUCCAGAUCUUAAGGGAAAUUUUGAAACUCCCGAAGUUGACUUGAAGCUUCCAAGAGGGGAAAUAGAUGCAAACUUGCCAGAUGCAGAACUUACAGGAGGAAAGUUUAAAUUACCCGGAAUAAAGUGGCCAAGCAGUAAAGUGUCAUUGUCGGGUCCUGAUGAAGGACUGAACCUACCAAAAGGUCAGAUAGAUCUUUCUGGUCCUGACGUUCAGGGGGAUAUAAUAGGCCCCAGCCUCGAUCUCAAAGGCCCAAAUAUUGACGUUGAUGCUCCAAAUGUUGAUAUGCCAGAUGCAAAGGCAAAGUUCAAAAUGCCAAGCUUAACGCUUCCUUCAUUUGGUUUUUCUGGACCCAAAGCUCCAGAUCUGGAUGUUGAUGGCCCUAGUGUGGACGUGUCAGGUCCAAAUAUUAAAGGGAAUUUUGAAACUCCAGAUGUUGACUUAAAUCUUCCAAAAGGAGAUGUUGAUAUCAACAUCUCCAAUGCAGAAAUUCAGAAACCGACAUUUAAAAUGCCAAAGUUUAAAAAGCCAAAAGCUCCAGACAUCAGCCUUAAUUUAAAAGCACCAAAAGUGACAGGCGAUUUAGAUGCAGAACUGAAGAAACCCAAUUUAGAAAUGUCAGGAAUUGAAGGACCUGAUGUAAAUUUAGGCGGUAAUCUUAACAUUCCUGAUGUAGAUAUUUCAGCUCCAGACCUUAAAGCAGGAAUUGCAUCUGCUGGUAUAGGUUUUAAUAAGCCCAAAACUGGCGCAGAUUAUGAUAUGCCUGACAUGAAUCUUGAAGUUCCUGAGGUAAAACUGAAAGGCCCAGGCCUAAAGAAACCUUCACUCAACAUGUCUGGAGCAAAUGUUUCAGUUCCAGAAAUAGACCUAAACUUAUCAAAACCAAAGUUUGAUCUCUCUGCUCCAAAAGUGCAAGGAGAUUUCAAAGGUCCAAACAUUGACAUAAAUGCUCCAAACGUAGAUGGCUUUGGUACAGAAGGAAAAUUUAAGUUCCCAAAAUUUAAGAAACCCACAUUUUCACUCUCUGGAAAUAAACCAAAGGGGCCCGAGCUGGACGUGUCUACACCGGAGGUGAAGGCAGAUUUAAAGACUCCUGAUGUGGACCUCAAAGGUGAAGUGGAUCUUCCUGAAGCAAAGGGGAAAUGGAAAAUGCCGAGCUUGCAAAUGCCCUCCUUUGGAUCACCUGGACCCAAAGGACCAGAUGUUGAUUUUGAUGGUUCAGUAAAAGUACCCAAUGUUGAUGUGUCAGGUCCAGAUCUUAAGGGAAAUUUUGAAACUCCCGAAGUCGACUUGAAGCUUCCAAGAGGGGAAAUAGAUGCAAACUUGCCAGAUGCAGAACUUACAGGAGGAAAGUUUAAAUUACCUGGAGUAAAGUGGCCAAGCAGUAAACUGUCAUUGUCGGGUCCUGAUGAAGGACUGACCCUACCAAAAGGUCAGAUAGAUCUUUCUGGUCCUGAUCUUCAGGGGGAUAUCAAAGGUCCCAGUAUUGAUAUGAAAGCAGAAAAAAUUGACAUCAAUGCUCCAAAUAUUGGUGUUCCUGAAGCAAAAUCAAAGUUUAAAAUGCCAAAAGUUGAAUUGCCUUCCAUCCGAAUGUCUGGUCCCAAAGCACCUGACCUGGAUAUUGAUGGUUCAGUAAAAGUGCCUGGUGUUGAUGUGUCAAGUCCUAAAAUUAAGGGGAAUUAUGAAUCUCCAGACUUUGGAAUGGAAGUUUCAAAUGGAGACAUGGAUAUUCAAAUCCCACAGGCAGAUCUGAAUAAACAACAUUUUGCAACACCAUCAGUCAACAUGCCUAGCACAAAGGGGUCAAGUCCAGAUGCUAACUUCAGUCUGAAAACACCAACAGUAACAAGUGGAAAAUUGAUGGUUCCAACGUUCAAAGAGCCCAAUUUGGAAAAUUCAGGAAUUGAAGGACCUUCUGUAAAUGUAGGUGGUAAUCUGAAAGUUCCUAAGGCUGAUAUAUCAGCUCCAUCUCUUAAGGGAGGUAUAGACCUUAAAAAGCCUAAAACUGGUGUAGGUUUUGAUAUGCCUGAUGUGAACCUUGAAGUUCCUGAUAUAAGUGCAAAAGGCACAGGUUUGAAGAAGCCUUCGCUCAAUGUGUCUCCAGGAAAUGUGGACCUCAAUCUACCUACAGCAAAUAUAAAAGGAGGUGCAGGUAUUGAUACAGCAUUUCAAGAAAAAGAACUGAAGGGAGCAAACAUAGGUGUUAAAGAUACAAAAUUUAGUGUUAGUUCUCCAAAUCUGAAUGGUGAAUUCCGUGAAGUUGCUGUUGAUGUGAGCACACCAAUUCCUUCUGCUCAACUGAAUGUUCCCAAACUGAAAGUAGGUACAGAUGAGAAUGUCAACAUGCAGAAUAAAUUUCCAAGAGAAACAUUUAAAGUUAGGUCAUCCUCUGUAUCUGAUCUUGAUGAUACAACUGCACAGGGAAAAUAUGAUGCCAAUUUACAAGCAAAAUCUUCCAGCACAAUAAAUGUCAAUGAUAACUCAAUAAGUAAAAAAAGUAAGUUCAAAUUCUCAAAAUUAUUUAAUUUUAAUCAUAAAUCAAAGGGAUCAGUUGAUUUCACAAAGGCCAGGGAAGCAACUUCUUCUGGGACAUUUACAUCAAAGUCUCUAUUCCCAGAGCUUGAAUUUUCUGUGUCGAAUGACUGAGGAUAAAUUGUUUCUGUUACUAUUAAGGCAUGAUUCAUUUCAGCAACAGAUACACAAUCCUUUUAAAUCAGCUUCAGUAAAUAGAAAUAAUCUUUGAUAUUUUUCUACAAUACUAUUGUAUUCAGUUAGACUUAAUAAAAACAAAAACAUUAUUAAAUUCAGAAUGGCAGUAAAUUGGGCUAUUCUGGAAUACUGACUUUUUUUUUAUGGAUUCACAUUCAAUGUAUGUAACAGACACAGUGGUGCAGCUGGUAGAGCUGCUUCCUCACAACAAUAAUGAGCCCAGGUUCUAUCCUAACCUUCGAUGCUGUCUGUAUAGAGUUUGCAAGUUCUCCCUGUGACCACGUGACUUUCCUCCAGAUGCUCAGGUGUCUUCCCUCAUCUAAAAGACAUGCAGGUUGGUGGGUGAAUUGGGGACUCCAUAUUUCCGCUUGUGUGUAGGUGAGUGAGUUGAUGGGAAUGUGGGAAGAAUAAGAUGGAUGCUCUGUGGUUAGUGCGGUCCUGGUAGGCCAAAUUGACCGUUUUUGUGCUGUAGGAUUCUAUGACUCCAUUUCUGGCAUUUUGGUGGGCUAUAGCAUGAGACUUGCAUGAAAGGAUGUUUACUUAAUGAACGUAUAUGUAUAGGUAACCCCCUGGAGAAAUACAUCAUGGAAAAAAUUGCUUCUGGAAUCACACUGAUUCCCUACUUCCAUCCUUAUCUUUGGAGAUUAGGUCUUUUUCAGUCUUUUUUUCCCCCAGGAUCUUUUGCUUAUUCUUUUACCAAAUUUUUGUGGCGAUAGAUAUGUAGAACCCUCUGAAAAAGACCCAAACUCCAAAGAGAUGAGUCAUAGAAUCAUUCAGAGAAGGCUACAUAUCAAUCAGAAUAAACCUUAGUAGAAGUUUAAAAAAAGAACUAAAACAGUAAGACAUUCAAAUCAAUUCUGACAUUCUCUGAAGGUUAUAUUUCUAAACUAGGAACCUGCUUGAAAACAUAUUUCAACUUCCACAGUCUCCUAAAAUUUUGCAAUUUGUUUUAUUAACAUGACUGGAGCCUAAAAUUAUACACAUCACAUAGAACAUAGAAAAUCUACAGCACAAUUCAGGCCAUUUGGCCCACAAAGCUGUGCCAAACAUAUUUAAUGUGAACUUUGAGCAAAGGUUCACUUCAUCAAACUUACAUGUAAUAUAAGUGACUGUACCAGGUAAUAACAUACGGGAUAAGCUAAAGAUAUCUACUUAAAAUAGAGAAGUAUAUAUGUAUAGAUCAGGAGUGUACAGGGUUUACUUAAUUCUUCAAUAUCAGAUUCAUUGUAUAAAAUAGCUUUUAAAGUUUUGAAAAGGUAAACUUUGAAAUAUAUUAAAUGGUCUUGAAUAGUCAGUACUAUGUGUUAAAUGUUAUUGUUUUAUUCUAACAUAAAAGACUCCAUUUUAUUGAAGUAAAAAUGCAAUAAGGAUAUUUAUGGGAAUAUUAAUAUUAACUAUCCAUUGGGAUAAUUAGCUUUGUCGGUCUCUUUGAUUAUCAUAUUUUGUACUCAGUUUUAAUAUGUUGCCUGCACUUUAUCUGUACAUUC